CGGGGGACGCGCUGGGCUGGCGGCGCGGCAGCAGACGGAGCCCGGGCUCCCAGCGGCGAGGUGAGCUGAGCUCCGCUCCUCCCGGCGGCCGCGGCGGCGGCAGGCGCUCGCGACCCAGCCGGCGGCCAGAGCGGGAGCCCGGAGCAGGGGCGCGCGGAGCCCCGUAGGGCCGGCGCUGGCACUCCCUCCCCUCUCCAGCCCUCACCCCCAGCCCGGCGGGCGCUCUCUCGCUCGCGGCCAUCCGUCAACAUGGCGCUGGGGCUCCGGGCCGGUCGCGGGUGGCGGCGCGGGAGCUGCUGAGCCCACCGAGCCCGCAGGAGCUGAGCGCGGGGCCGUCGCCGCCACCUGCCCGCGGGCGCCGCGCCGCCCCGCCCCGCCCCGCCCCCGGCGGCCGAGCCCACCCCUCGGCGGCAGCGACCCUGCCGCCAGCCCGCCGGCUGGCCGCACUCCGGAGCAGGCGACGCGGCGAGCGGGCGCGGGCAGCCGGGGCCGCAAACUUUGCUGCUCGCCGCCUUCCCCGGCCCGGCUCCUCCGCUCGGGAGCCGCACUCCACUCGCCGCCGGAGCCCCGCACGCCUCUCCCCCGCCGGCCAGCCACCUCCACCGCGCUCGGAAGGAAACUUCAAAGCGCCGGAUCCGAGGCUCCCCUCUCCUUCCCUCCCUCCCCGGCCGGGGAUUUCAGACUAGACGCCUGAAGAAAGAGAAGCUGCCAUCCAAGGAGACGACAUGCUUUCAGCAACCCCCCUGUAUGGGAACGUUCACAGCUGGGUGAACAGCGAGAGGGUCCGCAUGUGUGGCAUCAACGAAGACAGGAAAAUUCCUGUAAAUGAUGGUGAUGCUUCAAAGGCCAGACUGGAACUGAGGGAAGAGAAUCCCUUGAACCACACCGUGGUGGAUGCCACCACGGCACAUCGGAUUGAUGGCCUGGCCGCACUGAGCAUGGACCGUACGGGCCUGAUCCGGGAAGGACUGCGAGUCCCUGGAAACAUUAUCUAUUCGGGCUUGUGUGGACUGGGCUCAGAGAAAGGUCGGGAGGCGGCGGCGGCGGCGGCGGCGGCGGCAGCGGCAGCAGCAGGCGCUCUUGGCGGCCUGGGCUUUUCUUCUGAGCGAAACCCUGAGAUGCAGUUCAAGCCCAACACCCCCGAAACGGUAGAGGCCUCUGGUGUCUCUGGAAAAGCUCCCAAUGGCUUCAGUGCUAUCUACAAAACGCCACCUGGAAUACAAAAAAGUGCUGUCCCCACAGCAGAGACACUGGGCCUGGACAGGCCUGCUGGUGACAAACAGAGCCCUCUCAACAUCAAUGGUGCUAGUUACCUUCGUCUUCCCUGGGUAAAUCCUUACAUGGAGGGUGCCACACCAGCCAUUUACCCGUUCCUCGACUCACCAAAUAAAUAUUCCCUGAACAUGUACAAGGCCUUGCUACCUCAGCAGUCCUACAGCUUGGCCCAGCCACUGUACUCUCCAGUCUGCACCAACGGGGAACGCUUUCUCUACCUGCCGCCCCCCCACUAUGUCAGCCCCCACAUCCCCUCAUCCUUGGCUUCACCCAUGAGGCUCACCACCCCCACGGCCUCCCCGGCCAUCCCACCCCUGGUUCACUGUGCAGACAAAAGCCUGCCCUGGAAGAUGGGUGUCAGCCCUGGGACCCCUGUCGAGUCCCAUGCCUACCCCCAUAUCCAGAACAGUAAGCAGCCGCGGGUACCCUCUGCCAAGGCGGUCACCAGUGGCCUGCCUGGGGAUGCGGCCCUCCUGUUGCCCCCCUCACCUCGGCCUUCACCCCGAGUCCAUCUGCCCUCCCAGCCCCCGGCAGACACCUAUUCCGAAUUCCACAAGCACUACUCCCGGAUCUCCACUUCUCCGUCGGUCACCCUGUCCAAGCCAUAUAUGACUGUCAGCAGUGAGUUCCCUGGGGCCAGGCUCUCCAGCAGCAAGUACUCCAAGGUGUCUGAGGGAGCUGACGGCCCACCCCCAGUGCCCAGCCACACCCGGAAAGCAGCCAGCCAAGACCGGAAAGAUGGCAGUUCACCUCCCCUGCUGGAGAAGCAGACGGUUACCAAAGACGUCACUGACAAGCCACUUGACUUGUCUUCGAAAGUGGUCGAUGUGGACACCUCCAAAGCUGAGCACAUGAAGAAGAUGGCACCCACGGUGCUGGUGCACAGCAGAGCCUCAAGUGGCCUAGUGCUGUCCGGAAGCGAGAUUCCGAAAGAAACUUUAUCUCCUCCGGGAAGCGGCUGUGCUAUCUACAGAUCUGAGAUCAUUAGCACUGCUCCCUCGUCUUGGGUGGUGCCCGGGCCCAGUCCCAAUGAAGAGAACAAUGGCAAAACCCUGCCUCUGAAGAAUAAGGCGUUGGACUGGGCGCUGCCCCAGCAGCGAAGCUCUUCGUGUCCCCGGAUGGGGGUCACCGAUGCUGUUGUUACUAAUGUUACUAAUGUUUCCAGCACAGUGUCCACCACGGGCCGCCCUGCCUCAGCAUCACCGGCCCCCAAUGCCAAUGCAGAUGGGAGCAAGACUAGCAAGAGCUCGGUGGACACCACGCCGUCCGUCAUCCAGCAUGUGGGCCAGCCCCCCACCACUCCUGCCAAGCACAGCGGUGGCGGUGGCACCAGCAGCAAGGGUGCCAAAGCCAGUAACCCCGAAGCGAGCUUCAAAGCCAGCGAGAAUGGCCUCCCGCCAAGCUCAAUAUUUCUGUCUCCAAACGAGGCAUUCAGGUCCCCCCCUCUCCCUUACCCCCGGAGUUAUCUCCCUUACCCAGCGCCCGAGGGCAUUGCUAUCAGUCCCCUCUCCUUACACGGCAAGGGGCCCGUCUACCCUCAUCCAGUAUUGCUUCCCAAUGGCAGUCUUUUUCCUGGCCACCUUGCCCCCAAGCCCGGACUGCCCUACGGGCUCCCCACAGGCCGGCCAGAGUUCGUGACUUACCAAGACGCACUGGGGUUGGGCAUGGUGCAUCCCAUGUUGAUACCUCACACCCCCAUUGAGAUUGCUAAGGAGGAGAAGCCUGAGAGGCGCUCCCGGUCCCAUGAGAGAGCUCGCUACGAGGAGCCAACCCUCCGAAGCCGAUUCUCCGAGAUGCUGGAAGCCAGCAGCACCAAGCUGCACACCGAGGUCCCGGCUGACAAGGCCCUGAAGCCCAGCCCCAGCUGGAACCAAGGGGGGAAGCCUGUCCUCAAGAGCGACAAGCUCCCCUACGUCGACCUCCUGCGGGAAGAGUCGGAUGCUAAAGGCGACACAAACGUGUCCAAACCUGGCUUCACAGCUGAGAGCGUGGGCCAGAGUGCUGAGCCCAGCAAGCACCCCACUGAGCCGGCCCUGCAGCCCCACCGGGACUUCAUGGCCCUCAGAGAGGAGCUGGGGCGCAUGAGUGACUUCCAUGAAGCUUAUGCUUUUAAGCAGGCCCCGCCGAGCCAGCCGGUCUUCAGCCUAAGCAAGGAGACUGUUCCUUCGGGGACCCCCAAGGAGAGCCUGGGGGUGCCAGUCUCAACUCCGUUUCUGGAGUCUACCCUGGGGGCUGACAACCCGGCUGUGACUUUUGGUAAAACCCAAGAGGAUCCCAAACCAUUUUGUGUGGGCGGUGCCCCACCCAGUGUGGACUCCACCCCCACCUAUACCAAAGAUGGGGCUGACGAGGCAGAGCCCAGCGAUGGCAAAGUUCUGAAACCGAAGCCAUCUAAGCUGGCCAAGAGGAUCGCCAAUUCUGCUGGUUAUGUGGGUGACCGGUUCAAGUGUGUCACCACUGAACUCUACGCAGACUCGAGUCAGCUGAGCCGGGAGCAGCGGGCACUGCAGAUGGAAGGAUUACAAGAGGACAGUAUUUUAUGUCUACCCGCUGCUUACUGUGAGCGUGCAAUGAUGCGCUUCUCUGAGUUGGAGAUGAAAGAGCGAGAAGGUGGCCACCCAACAACCAAGGACUCUGAGGUGUGCAAGUUCAGCCCCGCUGACUGGGAAAGAUUGAAAGGAAAUCAGGACAAAAAGCCAAAGUCGGCCGCCCUGGAGGAGGCCAUUGCUGAGCAGAUUGACAGCGAGAGAUGUGACUACAGUGCUGGAAGCAAACACGAUUCCUUCGAAGCCCCCGAGGACAAAGAUGUCCCUGGGGAGAAGUUCUUUGUGGACAGACAGCCCGCCAGCGAACCCCCCCCAGAGCAGGUGGCCGUGGAGAUGCCACACAGUCCCACGCUCCGGCUAGAUAGGAAGCGCAAGGUCUCAGGUGACAGCAGUCAAGCGGACACCGCUGGGGAGGAGCUGCCAGAGGACCCCUUGCUGAAAGCCAAGCGCAGGCGGGUGUCCAAAGAUGACUGGCCUGAGAGGGAAAUGACAAACAGUUCCUCUAACCACUUAGAAGACCCACAUUAUAGUGAGCUGACCAACCUGAAGGUGUGCAUUGAAUUAACAGGGCUCCAUCCUAAAAAGCAACGCCACUUGCUGCACCUUAGAGAACGGUGGGAGCAGCAGGUGUCGGCCGCCGAGGGCAAGCCUGGCCGGCCUGGCAGGAAAGAAGUGGUCCAGGCUGAGCAGCCUGAGCUCACAGCCCAGGGCAAUAACAUCGGCGAAGAGAAGCCUGGCAGGAAAAGGGCAGAAGGCAAAGGACACAGAAGCUGGUCUGAAGAGUCCCUGAAAUCCAGCGACAAUGAGCAAGGCCUGCCUGUGUUCCCCGCCUCUCCGCCUAUGAAGAGCCUUUCAGCCACCAGUGCGAACGGCAAAAAGCAGACUCAGCCAAGCUGCACACCCGCCUCGAGGCCGUCUGCCAAGCAGCCCAAAAUUAAAGAAAGCCCGAAGACAGAUGUGCUGUGCACGGAUGAGGAGGAGGACUGCCAGGCGCCCGCUCUGCUGCAGAAAUACUCCGACAGCAGUGAGAAGCCGUCUGGAAAGAGACUGUGCAAAACCAAGCAUUUGCUCCCACAAGAGCCCCGUCGCGGCCUGCCGCUGCCUGGGGACUACUAUGUAGAGAAUACUGACGGCAAGGUGACUGUGCGGAGAUUCCGAAAGCGGCCUGAACCUAGCGCCGACUGUGACCUGUCACCGGCCAAGCAGGACCAGAAGCCCUUCGACCGCUUACAACAGUUGCUGCCAGCCUCGCAGACCCCACAGCUGCCACGGUCGAGCUCCCCACCCGAGGCCACCCAGUCUCGUCCCAUGCCUCCCGAAGCUCGGAGGCUUAUUGUCAAUAAGAAUGCCGGUGAGACCCUCCUGCAGCGCGCCGCCCGUCUGGGCUAUGAGGAAGUGGUCUUGUACUGCCUGGAAAAUAAAAUCUGUGAUGUCAACCAUCGAGACAAUGCAGGUUAUUGCGCCCUUCACGAAGCUUGUGCUAGGGGGUGGCUCAACAUCGUGCGGCACCUCCUUGAAUAUGGCGCUGACGUCAACUGCAGCGCCCAAGAUGGGACCAGGCCCCUCCACGAUGCUGUUGAGAACGACCACUUGGAGAUCGUCCGAUUACUCCUAUCCUAUGGUGCUGACCCCACUUUGGCAACAUACUCAGGUAGAACCAUCAUGAAAAUGACCCACAGUGAACUGAUGGAAAAGUUUCUAACAGAUUAUCUGAAUGACCUCCAGGGUCGAGGUGAUGAAGAAGAGGAGUCUGGGGCCUCCUGGGAGUUCUAUGGCAGUUCUGUGUGUGAACCAGAUGAUGAAAGUGGCUACGAUGUCCUAGCAAACCCCCCAGGGCCAGAGGACCAGGAUAAUGACGAUGAGACCUACAGUGAUGUGUUCGAGUUUGAAUUUUCAGAAAGCCCCCUUUUACCGUGCUAUAACGUUCAAGUGUCCGUCGCUCAGGGGCCGAGAAACUGGCUAUUGCUUUCAGACGUGCUGAAGAAAUUGAAAAUGUCUUCCCGCAUUUUCCGCUGCAAUUUCCCCAACGUGGAGAUUGUAACAAUCGCUGAGGCUGAGUUCUACCGUCAGGUCUCUGCCAGCCUCCUGUUCUCCUGCCCCAGGGACCUGGAGGCCUUUAACCCCGAGAGCAAGGAUCUGCUAGACCUGGUGGAGUUCACAAGUGAGCUGCAGACGCUGUUGGGAUCAUCCAUUGAGUGGCUGCACCCCAGUGAUGUGGGCUCAGACGACAGCUGGUGAACCCUGGGCCCACCGUGUACAGUGUGUCAUAGUGUUAAUCUUUGUGUAUAUGUGUCAUAAUACGACUAUUUCUGUAAAGAAAGGACACUAUUACAUAUGAAAAUAUCUUUUCUUUAUAUAAGAGAAAUGCCUCCAGUAGGAAGGACUUCAAAACAUGCUUUUGUGUUUUGGUUUUGUUGUUGUUUUUUCUGUUUUAAACUUCCUGUCGGUUUUUACAAAGUUGUUAUACUGUUUAUUUACUUCUCAGUCAGUGCACACAUGCUUUGGAAUGUGUCAGUUUUUACUUGGAACAUUUGUUUCUUUUUUCAUUUUCUUUCUUUUCAAAAAAGAAACAAAAGAAGAGAGAGAGAGAGAGAGAGAGAGAGAAAGGAGCUCUACGCUUUGACUUAUUUCUUAUAAAGCUCCAAUGUCAGAGGUCGUAACUGUAACCUAGUGUGUGGUUGGUUUGGGGGAGGGAAUUGGGUGUCCGCACUUGGCGAUGUUGUAACUUUAUGUUUUGUUUACAAAGUACCUGCUCGGGCCAGGUAGAUGCUAUUGGAUGUAAUCCAGUGGUGUGUAAUAUAAAUUCAAACCAUAUCCACACACAACAACUAAUUGUAAGAAACUUUUAUAUCCUAAUUUAAAAGCUGUGAAAUUAGUUUUCACGCAUCAAACCGGAUUGUUUAUAUGUUUAAACAUUUUAUGCUCUUAUUUAAAGAAGACUUUGAGCUAUUUUUUUCUGUACCUUGUAAAAUAUUGAAAACUAACAUAAUAUGUUGAGGUUGCUUGAAAAAAUGUACAUAACUAAAAUUUUCUGAAGUGUGUGUUUAUGUUUGAAAUCUGUGUUUUAACUUUGUAAGUAAAUUCUCUGCCUUUGUAUUUAUAUUUUACAAAAUUUUUCUUAAAAGGCAAUAAACCUGUUGAGGAAAGGAGGAACUUGA